UUCAUCUCUCUCCUCCACCAAGAACAAACUAUGGUUGCCGCCGCAAUACCAAAUACCGCCUCCCAUAAAACCGCCUUCACAAGACCAAAACCAGAUAUCAACACAGCAUGUUCUUCUCUAGAUUCUCCUUCUAUACUCCAUCUUCCCAAAAAGCCCCUAAACCUACCAAGAAUUACAAUAAACCCCCCACCGGAAUGGAACGUAUUUCAAAAAGCAGCUGCCAACGUUCUAGAUUCUCUAGAAACGGCGUUACUAACCCACGAACGUCAACAACCGCUUCCCAAAACCGCCGACCCGAAAAUCCAAAUAUCCGGAAACUUCGCCCCGGUUCAUGAACAUCGUGUAAAACACUCAUUACCAGUCACUGGUAAAUUACCCGAUUGUAUUAACGGCGUCUACGUUCGAAACGGCGCGAACCCACUUCACGACCCGAUUAACGGUCAUCAUUUAUUCGACGGCGACGGUAUGAUACACGCUGUUACCGUUAACGGCGAGGAGAAUUCCGCUAGUUACGCCUGCCGGUUUACUGAAACAAACCGGCUUGUUCAUGAACGUAAAUUGGGUAAACCGGUGUUUCCUAAAUCAAUCGGUGAACUUCACGGGCAUUCGGGCAUUGCCCGUUUAUUACUCUUCUAUGCCCGUGGAUUCUUCGGGUUAGUUAAUGCAGCACGAGGAAUCGGAGUGGCUAACGCCGGCCUGGUUUAUUUUAACGGCAGAUUAUUAGCCAUGUCGGAAGAUGAUCUUCCUUACCAUGUUCAUGUUAACCGCUCCGGCGACAUGGAAACCGUCGGAAGAUUCGAUUUUUCAGAACAGCUUCAAUCGAGUAUGAUUGCUCACCCAAAAGUUGACCCGGAAUCCGGUGAGCUUUUUGCACUCAGUUACGAUGUUGUCCGGAAACCCUAUCUUAAAUACUUCAAAUUUUCACCAACCGGCGAGAAAUCACCGGAUAUCGAUAUUGAAUUAGCCGGUCCGACGAUGAUCCAUGAUUUCGCCAUCACUAAAAAUUACGUAAUUAUCCCUGAUCAACAAGUAGUGUUCAAUCUUCAAGAAAUGAUUCAUGGCGGAUCCCCUGUGAGUUAUAAUAAAAAGAAAACAUCUCGGUUCGGAGUUUUACCCAAAGAUGCUAAAUACGGGUCGGAUAUAAUCUGGGUCAAUUCUCCGGAUACAUUCUGUUUUCAUUUAUGGAACGCAUGGGAGGAGCCCAAGUCCGACGAGGUUGUAAUAAUCGGGUCGUGCAUGACUCCGCCCGACUCAGUUUUCAACGACUGCGACGACAACGAAUCGUUAACAAGCGUGUUAUCCGAAAUCCGGGUUAACCUAAAAACCCGAACUUCAUCUAAACGGGCAAUAAUCAAAACCCACGAGCAAAUGAACCUGGAAGCGGGUAUGGUGAACCGGAACAAGUUAGGGAGGAAAACCCGGUUCGCAUAUUUAGCAAUUGCAGAGCCAUGGCCAAAAGUUUCCGGUUUUGCUAAGGUGGAUUUAGUGACCGGAGAAGUAAAGAAAUUUAUGUACGGUGAAAUGAGAUACGGCGGCGAACCGUUCUUUUUGCCGGUCGAACCGGGUUCGGAGAGAGAAGAUGAUGGGUAUAUUAUGGCAUUUGUUCACGACGAGAUGACGUGGCAAUCGGAAUUUGUGGUGGUUAAUGCCGGAAAUUUACAGGUGGAGGCUUCCGUUAAGUUGCCGUCAAGAGUUCCGUAUGGUUUUCACGGCACUUUUAUUAGUACGGAGGAUUUGAAAAAGCAGAAAGUAUAAAUUUAUGUAAUUAUUAUUUGUAUAUAAUUAAUUAAUUAAUUAAAAGAGAGA